CUGCACUUGUUUUUCUGUCACCACUCGGGAGCAACGACCUCUAUCUAUUUUUUUUUUCUCUCUCAUUGGGUUUUUUUUUUUUUUACCUGUUUCAGGCCUGUCAGGCAAAUAUUCCAAAUUUUCACAGCAUUCCAACCAAGUGGUUCUGAUUCGAUUUGGUUUGGGAAACGGAUAAUUAGGGCCAGAUUCAGUUGGAGAGUGGGAGCUGCGGUAUAUAAAAACAGGACUCUCCAGAACCUGAGAGGCAACACUGAGGGAAUACGACUGCUUUGUCAAUCAUCCGGAUUACAACAGGAAUACACUUCCUAGAACUGCGUCAGAGGCAGGGGUACACAAGCAAACACGAGAUUUUUAGCACCGAAAAACUAUAUUUAAUUCACGAGGUGUGAGUUAUGGUUUAAAUAAGUGCUUACUGUUUUAAAGAUGUCGAUAUCGUAGACUUCUGGCGCAUUUUGGGGAACGUUUCUCUUCUGUUGGGUGUAGCCCUACGUGCGGCAGCCCCGUUGCCAUGGUGACGAAUACUGCAACAAGUGUUGAUACCUCGGCGUCAUCAGUCUGCGUGAACAAAAUCUUCAAACGAUAAACAAGACGAUACUGAAGGUAAACCAAUAACUCUGUUAGUUUAGCCUUCUUAACCGAGUGCAAUUGUUCAGUCGACGCUUCAGAUGUGUGAAGGACCUUCAUUAAUAUCGGGGCCAAUUCCCCCAGAUCCCUCUCUGUUUCCUCAGUACUACAGACGGCCAUCAUCAGCUCGAGGCCGUUUGGAGGGAAACCAUGAUGGGACUUUGGCCCUGCUCUCAGGGCCACUUGCUCCAGAUCCUGUGCUGUACCCGGGUUGCUACAGUGCUCGUACACCUCCUCAGCAGCCUCGCAUCGGACCUAAUGCCGCCCAUAUACUGGAACGAGGACGUAAAGGAGUUGUUGGGGAUCUACUCAAACUAGACGGUGUUGCCAUCACCCCUGUUCCCAGACAGAAACAGCGAGUACAUGACUUUGGUAAAGAGAAUGUGCGUCGGCUGCGGGAGAUCCAGAAACGCUGCAAAGAGCAGGAAGCUGAGAGAGCACAGUCCCGUUCUGUUCCCAUUAAAGCUCUUUGGACCUCCUCAAAAUACCAGGAUGUCCCAUCCAGGGUGAUGGUCCAGCUACAGGUUUCCAGUCCAGCUGUUAAGCCACAGUGUCAAAACUUUCUGAAGGCCCACUCUAAUAGUGUGUCUGCUGCUCCCCCAAGACCGCAAUCCAAAGGUUCUUCUGUAGCUUUACAUCGUUCGGCUUCCUGCAGCUCUACACAGGACCCAGACUUGAAGUUACAUGUGCAAGGUCACACCAUAGAUUUCAUAAAACAUAAUGCCCGGGCUGCAGGAAGAACUGUACCUCGUCGGUCCCAGUCCCUGACAAACCUUCGAGAGAAGCCGGUGCCCAGUGCAGUAAAGGGCCAGGUGCCUCAGUACCUUGAGGAGAGGAAGGAACAGUGGCGUAAAGAGGAGGAGGAGAGGAGGAGGAAUGCACCUGAUCCUUCAGCUCCACCUGGUCACACACUGAUGCCUGAGAUUGAAAGACGGGAGACACUGAAGUCCCUGCAAGAGACCCACCGCUCCUUGGUGACCGAGCUGCUCUCACUCCCUCUGAAAGCUGACACUUUGAGUCUUCGCUCACGUCGGGCUCAUCUUGAUUGUAGACUUUCUGAAAUUGAGGAGGCCAUCAAAAUAUUCUCCAGGGAGAAAGUGUACAUAAAAAUAGAUUCCUAACACAUGGGGAGGAAGACAAGGAAAAGGAGGAGGAAACAGAACGAAGGGGAGGGGAUGAUCUUUUAAUCCACUGCUAUUGCUAUUGAGAUUAAUGUUCUUUUUGUAGUUGCAUUAUGUAAAAUAACACUGACCCUUGUGAAAAAAGAUGACUAUUUUCAUGUUUUGAAAGUAUUUUGUAAACGGAAAAAUUUAUAAUGUAAACAGAGUGAUUUUUACAUAAGGUAAUGUAUUUUCAAAAACAACGAUAUACAUGCUACUGAAUAAUAUGCAUUUGUUUUGUGGAAGAAAAACAGUUGUGAAAACAGUGAAAACCUCAAGUGUCAUUUGCUGAGAUGUGAUUUGUUUUGUGUUUGUGUAAAGCUCGCCAGUGAUUUAUAAUGAAUAUUUUUAGGGAAAUUACUGUAAAUAUAUACAUUUAAUUUUUUUGGUGUAUUAAAACUUUCCAAGAA